AUUUCAUAGUUGCCGGCUGUCGAGGUUUGACAGUUGCGUUUGUUCGGUAGUGAAAUAGCUCGUUUUUCAUCAAUUUUUCGACAAUGGCACCCUACAAAAUUGUAAUGGUACGUCACGGCGAGUCCGAAUGGAACGAGAAGAACCUUUUUUGCGGCUGGUUUGACGCCCUUUUGAGCGAAAAAGGUAAACAAGAGGCUAAGAACGCUGGCGUAGCCCUUAAAAACGCCGAAUACAAAUUCGAUGUAGCCUACACCUCGGUUUUAACCAGAGCCCAAAAUACCCUGCAAGCGAUUCUCAAUGAAAUCGGCCAGCAAGAUUUGGAAACAAUUAAGACCUGGAGGCUCAACGAGAGGCAUUAUGGUGGCCUUACAGGCUUAAACAAGGCUGAAACCGCAGCUAAAUAUGGCGACGAGCAAGUUGCCAUUUGGCGGCGUAGUUUCGAUGUGCCACCCCCACCAAUGGAGGCCGACCACCAGUACUAUGACAACAUUGUAAAGGAUCCCCGUUACGCCGCCGGUCCAGCUCCAGACCAAUUUCCCAAAUACGAAUCUCUUAAACUCACCAUCGAGAGAACACUGCCAUUCUGGAAUGAAACCAUUGUGCCACAAAUUAAGGCUGGAAAAUCCAUUUUGAUUGCUGCCCAUGGCAACAGCUUGAGAGGAAUCGUCAAACAUCUUGACCAAUUAUCCGAUGACCAAAUCAUGGCAUUGAAUCUUCCAACUGGAAUUCCUUUCGUCUACACUUUGGAUGAAGAUUUGAAACCAAUCAAGAGUUUGGAAUUCCUAGGAGACCCAGAGACUGUCAAAAAAGCUAUGGAAGCAGUGGCUAACCAAGGAAAAGCCAAGUAAACUUAUUUUAUAAUUUUAUUUGUAUUUGUGCUUUUAUUUAUUUUAUUUAUGUCAUUGUAUACCUAGAGGAGGAACUAUGUUCAUUGUGACUGUGUAUAGAAGAGAACAAUAAAUGGGAAGACAUAAUAUUUGUUGUUUUUUUUAUUUACUCAGAUUAUAAUAAAAAUUAAA